GAGCUGGGGGCGAGAGGGUUUCGGCUUGGAGUUUGCUCUCUUCCACGCACACGCAAGUCGGCGGUAACGCCUGCGGUCUGUGGUGCCAGGCGCCCUCUUGCCACUGCGCGCGUCUCCAGCGCCUCCGCCUUGCAAAUUGUUCCUCCUGGGAAUUACAACCUAACUGCAGAAUACCAUGAAUAACUACAGUGUUUCACUGUUGGGUCCAGCUCCUUGGGGGUUCAGGCUCCAAGGUGGGAAGGACUUCAACAUGCCUCUCACUAUCUCUCGGUUGAGCGAUGGAGGCAAAGCAGCUAAUGCAAACGUUGGUAUAGGUGACAUGGUCCUUAGCAUUGAUGGGAUAAGUGCAGAAGGUAUGACUCAUCUGGAAGCACAAAACAAAAUCAAGACCUGCUCGGGUAAUCUGAUUAUGAAUCUGCAAAGAGCACCUGCAGCUCCAAAGCCAGAUCCAGUUCCUGUGCAGCAGGUAGAGCCUAAGGACCUAGUUAAGCCUGUGCCCAUUGCAUCUCCAGUCGUACCCAAAGUUUCAUCCACAACCAGCGUGGCCUUCAAUAAGGCUCCGAGGCCCUUUGGAGCUGUGGCCUCCUCCAAGGUCACUUCCAUUCCGUCACCAUCAUCUGCCUUCACUCCAGCCAGUGCGAACCUUCCAUUACGUGCUUCCCCGCCACCCCUGGCCACUGUCACGGCUCCCCCAUUCACUGCCUCAGGAGCGCAUGCUAAUGUCAAAUCUAAUGCUGACCAGCGUUCCCCCGUGCCGAGUGCUGCAAAGCCUGCUGUUAAUACCCCAUGGCAACCCCCACACAAUGCACCUUUCAACGAAAAUGCCCCAGAGUUGACAGAGGGGCAGCGAAGCGGAUUCAGAGAGAACCAGGGUGACAGUAAACAGCAAAAUGGUCCACCACGGAAACACAUUGUGUACAGAAAUACAGAAUUCUUCCAUCCACCGACUCAUAGCAACAACAGCAAGAAGAGACUGAUUGAGGAUACUGAGGAUUGGCACCCAAGGACAGGAACUACUCAGUCACGUUCUUUCCGGAUCCUUCAACAGAUCACAGGCACUGAACGUAUGAAAGAGUCGGAAUCAGGGAAUCUAAAGAAGACAAAUGAUUCUUUGGAGCCUACACAAUUUACUACUUGUACUGCUGCUGCCAUAAGAAGCAUGCCUGAAAACCCAGAAAACGGUGCCAGUAGGCCUAUUUCAGCUGAUACAGAACCUGGAACAGGAUUCAAGCCCACAGGACCUCAGUAUGCUGUGAAAACCAAAGGCUGGGAGUCUUCUAAGCAACCAGCUGGAAGUGGAUGGAUUUCCAACAGUGACACAACGCCUAGUGAGAAAGCCACAGCAGCACUUCCACUAACAAAUGAAGAUACUUUGGUUCAGAGAGCAGAGCAUAUUCCAGCAGGCAAGCGAACUCCAAUGUGUGCUCAUUGCAAUCAAGUCAUCAGAGGGCCUUUCCUCGUAGCAUUAGGAAAAUCCUGGCACCCAGAAGAGUUCAAUUGUGCUCAUUGCAAAGCUUCCAUGGCUUAUAUUGGAUUUGUGGAAGAGAAAGGAGCACUUUACUGUGAGGGUUGCUAUGAGAAGUUCUUUGCUCCAGAAUGUGCCCGAUGCCAGAGAAAGAUACUCGGAGAAGUAAUCAGUGCUUUGAAACAAACCUGGCAUGUCUCCUGCUUUGUGUGUGUGGCCUGUCACAAGCCGAUUCGCAACAAUGUUUUCCAUUUGGAAGAUGGUGAUCCUUACUGUGAGACAGAUUAUUAUGCACUCUUUGGUUCCAUGUGCCAUGGAUGUGAAUUCCCUAUUGAAGCUGGGGACAGGUUUCUGGAAGCCUUGGGCCAUACUUGGCAUGAUACCUGUUUUGUGUGCUCAAUAUGCUGUGAGAGUUUGGAAGGCCAGACUUUCUUCUCCAAGAAGGACAAGCCUCUGUGCAAGAAACAUGCUCACUCGGUGAACAUCUGAAACAUUAAAGGUUGCCCAAACAAAUAUAUGACAAGAAAAUAACAUUGUUGGAUGUUGGUUUUCAAUAUGUAUUUAUAUAAAUUGUAGAAGCAAAAACAUGGGAAGGAAUAGGGUUUAUGACUUCUCAUGAAAUAGCAGAGGGAUAACUGAUUACCUUGGUCUGAAACCUUCUGAUUGUGUUUCAGUUGUAAAUCUAAAAUUUUCAAUUCAAAAUUUAACUGGAGGGCAUCAGGUUGGAAAUAGCUGAAUUAACGUGAUCUAUAAUAAGAGACUGAAGCCAGAUCUUUGUUAUUAAUGAAAGUAAAUUUUUAAAAAGUGGUUGUUGCCAAUUGGUUUUUUAAUCGACUAAUAUUUUGCCUUAGUCCAAUAUUUUGUAGCAAAUUUUGCAUUUUUAUUUAAAUACUGUAUGUGAUAAGCAGUUUCUUGGAUACCACAGAGAGUAAAAAGGAUUAUGUGAGGACCCUGAUAUCUGGCAAAUCUAGAAUUGGAUGUGUGGCUGCUUUGCAGGCACAGAUAAACAUUUUGGUUAAUUCACCAGUUCAGGUAGAAUCCAGCCCUCUAUCAAAGAAACAUUUGUCAGUGGACCAAGAAAAGUAAUUUUCAUUUGGUCUCCUCUGAUUACAGACAUCUCUGCAUGUUCAAUUCUGCUUAGUGGGGUUUCCAAACCCUUUUGAAAACAGAAUUCUUAUUAUUUCAUUCUGCCCAUUUAACUGUUAGGUAUUUGGAUUUUCCAAAAUACCUAAUAAAUAAAACUGUUGGCACAAAAGAGAGUAUUCAUGUUGUUAAGAGAAUUUGAAACAGUCAAAUUGUUCCUUUAAUUCCCACAAGUUCCUUUAAUUCCCACAAGGUAUAAGUUUUGCCUUUUGCAUUUAAUUUUUUAAUUUCUGAAAUAAUGCAGAAAAGUUAAAGUUAAUCCAUCAAGUAAUGAAGUACCCAGCUGUGAAGAAAAGGUCUGUGGGUGUUCAGGAAGAAUAUACAGUUUUCCUUCUCCUGAAAUAUAGCAGACAUUGUUAAAAGAAGUCUGAGCAGUAUGGAUAGAUGGGAUGGAGUCAGGCUCAGAUUACAUAAUCUUUGCUCAUCAUUUACAUUGUGUGCACAUCGCACUUAUUUUGUUGUAACAUACAGAAAAGAAGGGUAGGGGGAAUGAAACAAUUUCAGCUUUCUUAGAUACAGUAAGUACUGAGAUUUGUAUUUUCUUUUGUGGUUUUGUCAACAGCUGCCUUCAUCAUAUGUAACAUACAUAAUUAUGUUGAAUUUCUGUUUUAAUACAUCAUGCUUGUUUGCCUCCUGUGUGUGUGUGUUUGUCAACUUAUUAACUGCAAUUCUUCUUCCUGUAUAUGUCAGCUCCUCUGUUUUGGUAGUGAUGGGAAGAAAAGAGAGAAAGGGAAGGUGAGAACUGAUAUUGUAAUAUGUUCUUUCAUACAAAGGUUUAAAAGAGUAAGUUGAUAGAUUCCCAAAUGGGCAAAGAAUUAACAUAAGUAAUGUAAGUGUUCUGAACAGGCUUUGUCAGGGAUCUUUGUGAGGGUGGGAGAAAGGUUAAAAGCUACAUGAUGGUGAGCUGUGUGCCAUGAUCCAAACCCCACCCCUUUUGUGUAACAUUGAACAUAGACAAAAGGGAUGGAACUUGGAUCACAAUUCUGUGCCUGCCACUUACAGAAGUUGACCUCAGGAAUACAGAGAGGCAUUGGCUACUACUAUCUUUUAGGACCUAUAACCUUAAUACAUUAAAAGUGAUGAUACCUGAAAACAAAAUAAAAGCAUUAAAAGAGGGACUAAUUUGAAUACUUAAACAUUUACAACUUGAAUCCUUCUUUGAGCUUGAAUUCCAGGCCAAGUGGCCCUCAUAAAGUGUUCUCAGAAUGGCCAUGAUAUUUAUGUGGAUGUGCUUUUAUGUGGACUAUGGAUAGUGAAAGGUGGACCAUGAUAACUUUGCAAAAUAAACUAUAGGAUUUCCAGACUGGAACCAGUUUAGAGUUCCCAAAUACUUCCUAAAGAAAGGAGGGUUUCACUGAAUUAUUAAAUGUUGUGUCAUGUGAUGACAUCACAGACUAAAGUGGGGGGUAUUAAAUAUUCUAUAGUCCUUGUAUUCAUUUCAGUGUUGUAAGUAUUCCAGCAUUUUCAAUUCAGAAGCAUGGAAUAAAUGGACUGGAUCAUAGUUAGCCACAGUAGACCAUUAUAAUCAAAGGAAUUUGAAUUAUCCAUGUUUAAUUUAAAUCCUAUUGAUUUUUAUUGAUCUCUUCCCAGUAUGAACAAGUCUGUAUCCAGCCAAAUAUAUAUGAGGUUUAUUUCGUGUUACAUAGACUCUUUAGAUUUAUUUUCUUCAUAAAUAAAUAUGAUUCAUUCAUAUAUAAAUAUCAUAUUUAUCUAUUAUAGGAGAAAUAUGGUUACCAAUCAGCAGUUUUACAGGGCAACUUACAGUUUGCAGAAUAAGGUGACUUUGACUUUAGUGGCAAAUGUCCAGCAUUCAAGAAGUUCUUUUGCUCUGCAUUCUGUAAAUUCCAUAGCAUAGCCUACCCUUGACUGAGAACUUGGGGAAUUGCAGUUUCAGUCUCUGAAGGGUGCCAGGUUGAGUGAGAUUGGUGUAGCUGCUGUUAUUAAAAAUGGAAAAUAGGAUACAUGAGGAGAGAAGGAUAGUUGAAUGUAGUUUAACAACACUUUCCAUAGAUAAUCAGCCACUUAUUUUACGAGGCUGAAUUGAAACUCACCCUACUUAAUGAACAGCAUAGAUCAAGAACAAGCUGUUGCAUAUUGUAAUUAACUAGUACAGCAUUCUUUGUAAAUAGAAUAUAGUCCCUUUGGUAGGUACAAGAGCUAAGAUAACAUUUAAAGAUGGUUGCAUUUUAGUCUUCCUCUAAUCAGGAGUGGUGGGGUGACAUUCAAAAGCAAGAGUAAUGGAGGUGGAUUUCUUCUGUGCAUUGGGUGAACUUAGUUUUGUUUCAAUCAAUUGAUACUCUGAUGAUUUUGAUAGCAGUUCUCAUUUUAUUGCUCAAGUGUUUUU